ACUAAAGUUGCUUCAGCUAGUAAACCUGUUGUCGAAGCUUAUUUGUUUGUCCUCGGGAAAACCAUAAACGAAGUCAAUUUUAAGAGACAAGUGAUUUGUACACAACAUUGGCCCAAAGGCGUACGAAAAAACCUGGAAGAUCCGCCUUCAAUUAAAUACACAAAUGUGCAAGGAAAAGAGACUAAAGAAGGUCGUGAACAUUGGAACUGUGCUGCAGCUCUGUGUACAAACUCCUGGCGAACUAAACUCGAGGGAUUACAAUACUAUCGUUUAAGUGACUUCGCUCAAUGCAAAGACAAACAACAUGCUUAUAAUAAAGUAUUGAUGAACAAAGCAGUUGACUUCAAACGCGAUUUUAUAUGUUCAGUACACUGGUCAAAAGGAUUUAGAAACAACUUAGAUGAUCUCCCAGAUAGAGCGUGCCACCCGGACUACGUGAAUAAACAAACAACAAAGAAAGUGACACCACAAAGUAAAAUUGCUUCCGCAAAACGUUCUCUGAGUACGACUAAGCAAACAAACACCAAGAGAAGGAAACUCAUACGUUCAUCCUGUUCACUUGACUUUAAUUCAGAUGAAUCUAAAUUUGACAUAAUGCAAAAAGAAUUACAAGAGCUCAAAGAAAAGCUAGAGAACAAAACCGAAGAGGCAAACAGACUGUCUCUGCAAGUGAAAGACCUCACUGAAAAAAAUGACAGUUUAAGCAAGCAGAUUGCACAAUUUAAAGGGAAGAUGAAAGACUUGACAUUUUCAUAUGAAUGUCUCAAGUUACGACCCAAAAGAUUUUUUUACAUGAGUGGAUUAACUGUUGAUGAUUUUAAUUGUGUUUUGGAAUGCAUCAAGCCAUAUAUUUCUGUAAUAAUUUAUCCUGAUUGCAAAACUAACCAAGAUGGGCAAAGAAAACUCACAAAGAGAACUGAAUUGUUGUGUUAUUUUACAAUAUGCCGUCAUACAUUGCACCUUGGAGUCAUGGCUUUCCUCACCAACACAAGUGAUUCAACUAUAUCCCAUAUUUUUUCUGCAUCGUUAAUAUUUCUUUCAACUCUUUUUGACUCUAUUGACCUCAGUCCAUACCCGGGGGAAGUCAUUUCAUUGUUACCCAAAGAGUUUUGGUCUUCUGGUUUUCAGGACACUGUACUAUUUGGGGACUGUACAGAAAACUGGAUCUCAUCACCUGAAAACUAUGAUGUGAGUAGUGCAACAUUUAGUUGGAAGGAGGAAGACCUACUGUGA